GAGACGUACUCCUAUUACGGCCCGCUCAACUAUCUGACGUGGAACGUCGGCUACCACAACGAGCACCACGACUUCCCGUACAUACCCUGGUCCCGGCUGCCGGAGCUGCGGCGGAUCGCGCCCGAGUUUUACGACAACCUCGCCGUGUGCGAGUCGUGGGUGGGCGUCAUCUGGGACUACAUCAUGCGCGACGACGUCGGGCCGUACAACCGCGUCAAGCGGCCGAUGCCAAAGGAGGAGUGA